AGGACACAACAUCGUCUGUCCGAUUAUGGAAUCUAUGAGAUCAUCGGCAGCGCCAUUGACAGUAAAAUAUACUUUGGGGCACUAGAGUCCUUUAUCUAUUUUUAUGGAGGCAACAACAAAUAUGUGAUUUCAUUUCUUGCCACUGUGGGUAUUACAUAUAUUUUCAUGGGUUAUUCAGAUUCUCCGGUAAUCAAGCACGGGCGAUUGAAAUUCAUGGUCUUGUAUUUUUCGGCUAAUACAAAACACUACGGUAAUUUUAACGUCCGAUAAGUAGGCUAAUCGAACUAUAGACGUAGCGGAACCAUUGUGCGUUCAGUGUAUGACGCUAGUCGAAUCUAUUUGUUUUAUGCACCAUCUCAUCUUCCGGCGUUAAGAAAAUGGCAGUGACACUGCACACAGACCUUGGGGAUUUAAAAAUUGAGCUGUUCUGUGAACGUGCCCCGAAAUCAUGUGAGAAUUUCUUAGCACUGUGUGCAGGUGGGUUCUACAAUGGCUGCAUAUUCCACAGGAACAUCAAAGGGUUCAUGGUUCAGACCGGCGACCCCACAGGCACUGGAAAAGGAGGGACGAGUAUUUGGGGACGGAAAUUUGAAGAUGAGUUGAGCGAACACCUAAAACAUAAUGUGCGUGGCGUGGUUUCUAUGGCGAACAACGGCCCCAACACUAAUGCCUCCCAGUUCUUCUUCACCUAUGCCAAGCAGCCCCAUCUGGACAUGAAGUACACCGUGUUUGGAAAAAUAAUAGAUGGCUUGGAAACACUGGAUGAACUGGAGAAGCUCCCUGUCAAUGAAAAGUCAUUUCGGCCGCUGACUGAGACUCGUAUAAAGGACGUGACUCUUCAUGCCAACCCAUUUGCAGGAUAGACUGUCUUAAGCACAUGAACACACAGCCUUAGACCUGACAUCUGCCAAUUUAGAUGAAAUCUUCAUUUAAGCCUCUCAAUUGUUUAGACCGUUUAUAAACCAGAGGCCUUUGAAUUCAUUAAGGCAACUAAAGAUACUGUCACUGGAGUUGAAAACACAUUUCCCUUCUCAUUGAAUUUGGCAUGUAGUAUGUCCUCAAUGCUUGGCCCUUGCAGCUAUGUGAGCUCAAAAUGUUGGUUUUAUAAGUAAAUUGUUUAGUAUUUUGUACCAAAUAAACUUUUUUUGAUAUACA